AUGAUACGACUUCUAAGAAGCUUGAGUACUUUGAGCCCACGUAGUGCGGAAAUACAAUGGCGUCUCGUUGAAUCCGUUCCAGCACCAACUUAUAACACUGGAUGUACAUUUUGUCAACCAACAUUUCCCCCAGACAAACAGAUAAACUUUGAUCAAAACUUGAAUAAAAGUUCGAGGAUACCUGCUAAACAUGUUAUGGUGCUAACAACAAAGGACAAUAAGAUGGAGCACUUUGAGUCCAAGAUUGAAAAUUGGAAAGGUACUUUGAGCAAUGAAAUUGGAAAGUUGAAACAUAAAGUGCCUAUUGCAGAAGGCACUCUGGUUUCGAGUAUUGUGCUCCAGAAUCACGAUACUGUGUUGCAAGAAGAAUUCGGCAUCAAUCAUUAUAGUAACCCGCAGCAUCAGUUGGUGUUUCUUUAUCCCGAUAUGAAAGCAAUCAAGUUCGAUAUAAUGUAUACCGAUCAGUUUAUUACCAAGUACAUCCCUCAAACACAAAAGACAACCGUGUUUAAUCCUUUUAAAAAGAAGAGAGUAGAGGAGGAGGAGGAGGAGGAGGAGGAAAUGAGAAAACCCGCACAAGAAAUAAAUGUUGAUGAUGCGAACUUUCAGGAGACCAUGAUAGACAAAGACCUUAUUGUAACAUGUGGGCAUGCCAAACGCGAUAUACGGUGUGGCCUCUUGGGUCCACUUAUAACCAACGAAUUCGAUAAAGUUUUAAGAAAGGAAGGAAUCAGAGAUGAUAGUUAUGUGGGAGAAAUAACACAUAUUGGCGGUCAUGCUUUUGCAGGGAAUGUCUUGUAUUACCCAAAGCAAUGCAAAAGCAACCAUGAUUUCAUAUGGUAUGGGCGAGUAUUUCCUAAAGACGUGCAGGGAUUGGUUGAGGAAACUGUAAAGAAUAAAAAGAUUAUUCAAAGAUUAUUUAGAGGCGAUCUUAGCAAAUACCAGUGA